AUGGCACCAUUCUCCAAUCCAGCAAGGCAAACCAGUCUUGAGGAAGAAUUGAAGAUGUCUUCACUGCGACAGACAGAACUUCUGAAUGAGCAUCCAAAAUCAUCUUGUCUUCCAGAAAACGUCAGAGAUCAACACAAACGAAUAUUACAAUCCUGGGAGAAAGACGUCUUUUAUGAAACUUCAUUUUAUAAAGACGUUAAGGACUUUUUUAUUUCCCAUCAAAUUGUCGCUGUGAUUGGGUCUCCUGGGUCUGGGAAAACUGCUUUGAUCCGCCACAUCGCUUUACAGCUGGAGACCGAGUAUCAGAUUGUUCCGAUCACCAAACCUGAGGAUAUCAUCAACUAUGGUGACAUCAAAAGAUCUCAAAUAUUUAUCAUAGAUGACGUUUUAGGCGUGUUAACUUUAGAGAGAAAUUUGUUAUCAGAUUUAGAAAGACAUAGUGAGCAAAUUGAAUAUGUUCUGGAUAAGAAAGCAAAGAGAUCCAAAUUAUUUAUGUCAUGCAGAUUAGCAGUUUAUAAUGAGGCAAAGGAAUUAGAUGUAUUGUUUUUUGAGGAAAGCAAUAUCCUCAGUUUGGAUAGUAAAGGCACCAGUCUUACACCGGAAGAUCUUGUUGCUUAUCAUUAUGGACAGCAGUUUCCAGAUCAAAUUUUGGAGCAUAUGAAUAGUACUUUCAUUGCAAACAAAGUUGUUUUAGACAAUGCAGACACUGGAGACGACCUCUGUAUCAAACUUAACAAGUCCCAAUAUGAAAAUCUUGCAACAAGAUUGUACGCCGAUGUAAAAAGCGGGAAAUUACAUGAUGUAUUUUUAAAUAGAGCCUUAAUAGAUUCUGUUUUCAAAAAGCAGUUUAUUAAAAUGUUGACAAAAAUACCAUAUGAGGAUGUCAGAUCUUCAUUCUUAUUACCCAGAGAGGAAUGUUUCGAAAGUGUUAUUCUUGACUCAAAGAAACUUAGUGAAAACGAGGAUGACGAAACAAUGGCACAGAGAGAGUUUGAAAGGCAGAACCUUCUUCUUGGCCUUAAAUGCAUUGACCAACAGAAAAUUUAUGAAAUACGCGCUAUCAGUUUUAUCAUUUAUUACGGUCACUUCGAUUUACUGAAACAUUUAACAAGUUUUGUGGUAAAGCAUCACGGGGUCACAGAUGUCAUUUUUGGAUCUACACAGGAAGAACAAGUAAGAUUACUUGUAUUGGCGUGUUAUAAUGGGAAUUUAGAAAUGGUUAAAUUCUUCAUAGGAAAUAUUGGGAAAGGAAAUAUAAACAGAAUGCCUGUUGGAGAAGUCAAUCAAUCGGGCAAUCGACACAGAUUCAUAACCCCGGUGAUUGCUGCAUGCUUGAAAAUGCAACAUACCGUUAUAAAAUAUUUAGUUAAAAAUGGAGCAGAUUUGAAUGCCAACACUUGUUUAUACCCUGCUUUGUGGACACCAGCUAGAAAUGGGGAUCUCAAAUCACUAACGACAUUGAUUGAGUUAGGUGCUAACUGUAACAACUGUAACAAAAGCGAAAUAUCUCCUUUAUAUCUUGGGUCGCGAUUCGGUCAUGUUGAUGUCGUUGAAAAACUGAUUGAAAACAGCGCUGACAUCAACAAGUGUGAAAUUCAUGGUCGGUCACCUUUAUUUAUAGCGUCAUCAAAAGGUCAUCUUCAAGUUGUAGGAAAACUUAUAGAGCACGGUGCCGACAUCAACAAAUGUGAUAUUCACGGUCAGUCUCCUCUACAUCUCGCGUCACAAAAUGGUCAUUUGUCCAUUGUAGAUACAUUAAUUCAGCAUGGUGCUGAAUGUGAUCUUUGCGAUAAAAAUAAAUUAACGCCUCUGCAUAGAGCAUCAUUGAAAGGCCACACUCCCGUUGUAGAAAAAUUAAUGGAACACGGAGCCGACAUAAACAAGUGUGAUAUUCAUGGUCUGUUACCUCUGUGCUUAGCUUCAUGGAAAGGUCACCUACUGGUAGUAGAAAAACUUAUUGAACAUGAUGCUGACAUCAACAAAUAUGAUAUUCAAGGUCAAUCAUCACUCUAUCUAGCGUCUUCCGAAGCCCAUUGUUCUUUUGUCGAGAAACUUAUUGAACACGGUGCUGGCAUAAAUAAAUGUAAUACUGAAGGUCGAACACCUCUUCAUAUAGCGGCAUCAAAGGGACAUCUUACCGUUGUAGAUAAACUUAUUGAAUUCGGUGCAGACAUAAACAAGUGUGACUUUAAAAACCAGUCAUCUCUGCUUUUAGCCUCACAAUUUGGUCAUUUCUCUGUUGUAGAAACAUUAAUUCGACACGGUACUUGCAAUUUGGAAGAUGAUGAAAAUACAUCUACUCUAAAUAUUGCGUCAUCAGAAAGACGUAUUCAUGUCGAUGAAAACUUGAGAAAGUAUGUUGUUGACAUCAACAAGUGUGAUAUCUACGGACAGUCAUCUCUACACCUAGCAUCACAAAAUGGUCAUUUGUCCGUUGUAGAUAAAUUAAUUCAGCACGGUGCUGAAUGUAAUCUUUGCGAUAAAAAUAAAUUAACGCCUCUGCAUAGAGCAUCAUUGAAAGGUCAUGCUCCUGUUGUUGAAAAAUUAUUAAAACAUGGUGCCGACAUAAACAGAGUUGAUAUAAAGGCAAGGUCAUCUGUGUAUUUAGCGUCAUGGAAAGGCCAUCUUACUGUUGUAGAAAAACUUAUUGAGCAAGGUGCAGACAUCAACAUGUGUGAUAUUCAAGGUCAAUCAUCUCUUCAUGUAGCAUCACAACAUGGUCAUUUGGCCGUUGUAGAAUUAUUAAUUUUACAUGAUUCUUGCUAUUUUCAUGAUAAAAAUGAUAUAUCACCUCUUCAUUAUGCGUCACUAGAAGGUCAUGUUUCUGUUGUUCAAGAAUUAAUUAGCCAUGGAGCAGACAUCAAUAAGAAUGAUAUUCGUGGAAGGACACCUCUAUAUUUCGCAUCAUCGAAAGGUCAUCUUCUUGUUGUAGAAAAGCUUAUUGAGCAGGGCGCCGACGUCAACAAGUGUGAUAUUCACGGUCAGACAUCUCUACACCAAUCGUCACAAAAUGGACAUUUAUCCGUUGUUGAAACAUUAAUUCAGAACGGAGCUGAAUGUGAUCGCUUGGAUGAAAAUAAACUUACGCCUCUACAUAAAGCUUCAUUAAAGGGACAUCUCCGUAUUGUAGAAAUACUUAUUGAACACGGUGCCGAUAUCAACAAAAAUGAUAUUGAUGGUCAAUCACCUCUUCAUUUAGCGUCAUUAGAAGGACAUCUUGCUGUUGUAGAAAAACUCGUUGAACACGGUGCAAACAUCAACAAAUAUGAUAUUGAUGAUCAAACACCUCUACAUUUAGCGUCAUUAGCAGGACAUCUUCCUGUUGUAGAAAAACUCAUUGAACACGGUGCUGACGUAUACAAAAAUGAUAUUAAUGGUCAAUCACCUCUACAUUUAGCGUCAUUAGAAGGACAUCUUGCUGUUGUAGAAAAUAUCAUUGAACACGGUGCUGACAUCAAUAAGUGUGAUACAAAUGGUCACUCAUCUUUACAUUUAGCGUCAUUAAACGGUCAUCUUCCGGUCGUAGAAAAACUUAUUGAACACGAUGCCGACAUCAAUAAGUGUAAUGUACGCGGUCUUUAUGCUUUGCAUUUAGCAUCACAAAAUGGUCAUUUGUCCGUUGUAGGUACAUUAAUACAGCACGGUGCUGAAUUUGAUCGAUGCGAUAAAUAUAGAUUAACACCCCUGCAUUUUGCAUCACUAGAAGGUCAUGCUCCUGUUGUUGAAAAAUUAUUGAAACGUGGUGCCGACAUUAACAGAGUUGAUAUAAAAGAUAAGUCACCUUUAAUGCUAGCAUCAUGGAGAGGCCAUCUUCCUGUUGUGCAAAAACUUAUUGAGCACGGUGCCGACAUCAAUAAAUGCGAUACUCUUGGAAGAUCAGCUCUAGAUCUAGCGUACUUGAAAGGCCAUGAUCCUGUUGUAAACAAACUUAUUAAACGCGGUGCGGAUAUCAACAACUGUGAUAUUCAGGGCCAGUCAAAUCUGUAUUUAGCAUCAAUGGGUAUGAAUGUGUCCGUUAAAAAUGUAUAA